GUGAGGAUCAGUAAAACUUUUCUCAGUGAGAUAGACAGAGCAAAUGUCUGUUAAGGAGUGGAAGUGAAGUGAAGCAGAAUGUCAUUCCAGGAUGAAGAUCCUCCUCCUCAUCAUCCUCUACCUGAUCUCAGGUCCAGUAGACUGCACUGAUGUGAAUGGUUACUCAGGAGGAAGCGUGAUUAUCACCUCUGAUAUACAAUGGAAUCCAAGCCAUACUAAAUAUAUUUGUAAGAUGGAACAAAGUGUUUGCAAUGAUAUAAUACGUUUCCACAGCCCAAGCAUCCAAGUUCAAUACAAAAGAUUCAUGCUGUACAUAAACACACAGGGAAAUUUCUUAGUAUUGAUCAGAAAGCUGAAGCCACAGGAUGCUGGAACAUACAUAUUUGGAGCAGAGGAUCAGAAGAACUACAUCAUGAACCUAAAAGUUCGCAAUGAUUCAUCUUGUGGUGUGUCAAAAAUAAUGACCGCUCAUCUUGGGCAGAAUAUAACUAUCACUUGUAAAUAUCCAGGGGAGUAUGAAAAAAACUACAAGUAUGUCUAUACAGUGGAUGAUGAGACUUCUGUCAAGGAAAUUAUUAAUACUUCCGAAGUACUUCCAAAAACAACUGAGAACAGCAGAUUCUCCAUUUCUGAUGACAGAAGUGCUAAAGUUUUCAGUUUGAACAUCAGCAACGUGAAAGAAGCUGAUGAAGUAUUUUAUUUACUUGGAGUGUGGAACAAAGUGGAGGCAGUUGGUUAUUACUCCUUCUUUACAGAGAUUCAGCUUCAUGUAAAAGGCACCUACCUGAUGACCUUAGAAACUCCAUCUGUAGUGUGUUUCAGUUCCUCUGUUAUCAUCAUCAGAGUGUGUGUCUGUGUGACUCUGCUGCUGAUCGGAGGAUGUACACUGCUGAUCAUCUACACACUGAGACACAAGAAAACACAAGCUAAUAUGCCUUCAUUCAGGAAUAAAGAGAAUAAAAAACUUAAUCCUGAUAAUAACACUGAUUCAGCUUCUGUGAAUGAAAACAUUGGAACGAGUUCAAUAUGAAUAUCAAUGUUCUUGUUUUUGCCCUUGUUUUGUUAAAUAUAAUGUUGAUUUGCAAGUCAGGUGUAUAAUUAACCAAUUAUGCUAAGCAGGUGCUAAUGAUCCUCAGUUUCAUAUGUAGGUUGAAACUCAGUCAUUAACUGAAACAAACAGCUGUGUAGGGGCUUAAAAACAUCUUAUAACGUGAUUUUACUGUGCUUUAUUAUGAUGUCUUAUUAAAGUUUAAAUAUGAACCUGUGUCAUGAGUCUAGCUGAUCACAGGAUAGACAUUUAGUGAUGUCAUUUAAUUCAACACAUUGUACAUUUUGUUUUGGUUUUGCUGUUGAUGCAUAAGAAGGAGAUCUACAAUCAAUAUAACUGUGUAUAUCUGCUAUAUGUUAAUGUUAUGUUAAUGUGUAUAUCUGCUAUAUGUCUUCUUUGCUUCUUCUAUAAAUCUUCUUAUUCUAUAUUUAUGAAUAAAA